AAAAUAUAAAAAAUAUAGGUACCAAAUUGUAAUUUGCCAUUUGGAUCCAUGGAUUGAUCCAUGAAUCCACCAAUCCAAUUGGAUUUGGAUCAAAUGGAUUGGAUUUAAAUGGAUUGGAUUAGGUGGAUAAUUUGGUGGAUGGAUUGGAUUGGAUUCAUGGAUUUGGAUCCUAAUUGCCACCUCUAUACGUACUAUCCCGUCUCGGUAUAAUAAGGUGAAGCUCUGCACCCACAGGAGUGCAGUCACGAUUUGGCGUCGAGGGUUGGAAUUUUUAAAUCUCUACUUCGAAAAGAUGAUAAACCUCUUCCUCUACUUCACCUCCUCUCUCCUUUUUAUCUCUUUUUUGCAUCGUUUCCUCCCCCGUCUUUUGCCGGAGCCAAAUCACCGCCGAUAGAGCAAGUCGCUUUCAGCCACAGAGAGCCUCUUCCCUUCCAACCACUAUAUUGGCGGUGCCCCUAUUGGGAAUGACAAUGGGAUAUGGGUCGACAGUUCUAGGUAUCCCUUAAUAAACCGAAUGGGCAUAAAGGGGAAAAGGAACAAAACGAGCGGUUCAAAGCUCGUGUUGUUGCUAAGGGCUUUCAUCAGCGUCCGGGGGUUGAUUUUCACAAGACAUUCAGUCCUGUAUUGAAGCCCGUUACCAUUCGGACUGUCUUUGCCACUGCUCUUUCACAUUCCUGGCCAAUUUUCCAAUUUGAUGUUCAUAAUGCCUUCCUUCAAGGUCCUCUUCAGGAAGAGGUUUAUAUGGCUCGACCUCCCGGCUUCCAUGAUCCCAAGUUUCCCCGUCAUGUCUGCCGUCUGCGUCGUGCUAUUUAUGGACUUCGCCAAGCCCCUCCUGCAUGGUAUGAUGCCCUGAGUUCUUUUCUUCUUUGUUGCGGGUUUGUGAAUACACAUUCCGACGCGUCCUUGUUUGUCUAUCGGCGUGAUGGGGUCCUUGCCUAUUUCCUGAUGUACGUUGAUGAUCUUCUUCUUACUGGCAACAACUCGUCCUUCCUGACAUCCUUCAGGAAGCAAUUGGCGGCUCAAUUCUCUCUUAAGCAUCUUGGUUAUGUCAACUACUUUUUGGGUAUUGAGAUCAUUCCUACUACUCAUGGUUAUCUCUUGUCCCAGCAUAAGUAUGUGGUGGAUCUUCUUACUCGCUUCCAGAUGCAUGACGCGAAGUCGAGCUCCACACCUCUCGCAUCCACUGCUCGCCUCAGUGUCUCUAAUGGUUCCAAGCCAGCGGAUGCCACACUUUAUCACCAGGCCAUUGGGGCGCUCCAGUAUCUCGUUACCACUCGUCCCGAUGUUGCAUUUUUAGUCAAUCGCCUUUCUCAGUUCAUGCAUGCACCCACGACAGUGCAUUGGCAGCACGUCAAUCGCCUUCUUCGUUAUGUGGCUGGGACUCACACUUUAAGUCUCCGCAUCAGUCGACACUGCUCGCCUCUUCAGCUUCGUGUCUUCUCUGACUCUGACUGGGCUGGUGAUCCUGAUGACCGCACUUCCACCUCCGAUUUUUUGGUUUAUCUUGGUGAUACGCUUAUCUCGUGGAAGUCUAAAAAGCAACGCACUGUUGCUCGCUCCAACACUGAGGCUGAGUAUCGUGCGCUAGCUUUAGUCACGUCAGAGGUUCAGUGUGUUCGUAAUCUCUUAUCCGAGCUUCGUCAACCUCUUUCGUCGGGCUCGACACUCUACUGUGAUAAUUUGGGAGCAGUUCACUUCAGCUCGAAUCCCGUCUUUCAUUCGUGCAUGAAGCAUCUUGCGUUGGAUUAUCAUUUUGUGCGUCAAUUGGUCCAGACUAAGCAGCUUGUUGUUCGACAUCUUCCCACCGCGUCACAGCUUGCGGAUAUCCUCACCAAGCCAUGAUCGCGUACUCGGUUUCAUUUACUACGGUCCAAGCUGGGGCUAGCUGACGCUGCCUCCAUCUUGCGGGGGCAUAUUAGGGAUAGGUAGGCUUAUCCGUGUUAGUUUUAUAUUCCUUGUAUGAUAAGUAGUAUAUUACCUUGUCCUUGUUGUAUACUCUUAUUCUCUUGUAAUCCUUGGGUUAUAAAUACUCUCAGUUGGU